UGUUAACCUAACAUUAUUACAGUGCUUCGGUGUUCACAUUUCAAUUUGUGCUUCUUGUACUCAUUAAGUAAAUUUUAUGUGGAAAGUAAUGCUACUUCAUGUAUCAACAGGCCUAGUCAAUAACCAUUACUCAGGAUUAUAUAAUAUCAUAUUAGUAUAAUAUUUAAUAUUUACCUCCAUACAGAGGCUUAAUUACUUGCCUUAUGGAUAAUUCAUUUAAUAAGCUAAAAUUUCCUAAAAUGAACAUAUUUAUGACUGCUUUACUGCUAGCUAAUAUUAGUCCUUUGGUAGUUUUAGAAAAUAUUGAAGAUACAAAUUAUAAAAGGCAAAUAAAAAAUACUCCCAUUAAAAGUUCAAAGCUUCCAGCCUGUCAGGCAUGUAAGAUGUUGGUUGAAUCUUUCCUAUUACAAAUCAAAGCUAUGUCAGGUACAUUUUCUAGUACUGAUAGCAAACAAGUUGAAAAUUCGGAUGUCAAGAUUUUGGAAGACAUUUUCAAGAAAUUGUGCCACAGUGACAGUUCUACAGAUCAUUGCUACUCAUUGGUUGACAAAAGUAAAGAAGACUUGAAGAACUGGUGGACUAUUGAUAGGAAAACUAAUCCUGACCUCUUACACUACCUGUGUGUUAUAAAGCUCCACUUUUGCUGCCCAAGUGGGCACUAUGGCCCUAAAUGCUAUCCGUGUCCCGGUUUCCCUGAUAGAAUCUGCAAUAGUAAUGGGAAAUGUAAGGGAGAUGGCACACGUAAAGGCAACGGUGAAUGUUCCUGUGACGUUGGAUACUCCGGCAAGACGUGCAACGAAUGUGCUGAUUCAUAUUACAUUUCAUAUAAAGACAACGAAAAAAUGCUUUGUAGUAGAUGCCAUUCUGCAUGUGAUGGUAAUUGUUCUAGAGCUGGGACUAGAGGGUGCAUGGCAUGCAGGGAUGGUUGGAGAAUGGAUAAAACACGAGGGUGCGUUGAUGUCAACGAGUGUUUUUCAAAGAGAUUGCCAUGUAAAAGAAGCGAGUUUUGUAUCAACAACGAGGGAUCAUUCUCGUGCAUGGCAUGUGACCCUUCUUGUGAUACUUGCACAGGAGAUGGCCCCGAUAUGUGUGAAAAAUGUGCUGCAGGGUUUGUUCUUAAAGAUAACAUAUGCAUAAAUGAAAAAGACUAUGUAUCAUAUUCGGAUGUCACACGAUAUAUUACGUACGUGGGGCUCUGUUUUGCCACCUACAUAGUAUUUCAGAAUAAUCCAUUGAUAGCUAGUGCUAUUGGACUGUGUGUAGCAAUUUAUGUCACUGUGUCAGAAUACUUAUUAGGAACGCUCACAGCUGCAUCAUUUACAAGAUUAUUAGAGAGACUUGACCAUUUAUGGAGAGAUGUUUAAGAUUAAUAAUGUGGAUCAUAGUGAUAAAUAAAUGCACAUAACCAUUAGAUA